AUGCCCCCUAAUUGGCCUGAAAACUGCAGCUGGGCCGAGAGCCACAACUCCACCUGGACUUUCCAGGACCCGCCGCCGCUCAACUACUACACCCUCCCCCUCCUGGGCGCCAUCACGGUGACGUGCACGCUGCUCUUCGCGGUGGGCGUGGCCGGCAACGUGAUGACCAUCCUGGUGGUGGGCAGGUACCGGGACAUGCGCACCACCACCAACCUGUACCUGUGCAGCAUGGCCGUGUCCGACCUGCUCAUCUUCCUGUGCAUGCCGCUAGACCUCUACCGCAUGUGGCGCUACCGACCUUGGCGCCUGGGGGACGCGCUGUGCAAGCUCUUCCAGUUCGUGUCCGAGUCCAGCACCUACUCCACCAUCCUGAGCAUCACCGCCCUCUCCGUGGAAAGGUACGUGGCCAUUUGCUUCCCGCUGCGCGCCAAGGCCCUGGUGACCAAGCGGCGGGUACGCGGCCUCAUCCUCCUCCUGUGGACCGUGGCGCUAAUGAGUGCCGGGCCCGUCUUCGUCAUGGUGGGCGUGGAGCAGGACGAGGCGGGCUUCCGUCUCAACAACACCCGAGUGCCGCUGGAGGACGACACCCGCGAGUGCAGGAUGACGCACUACGCCGUGGAGUCGGGCCUGAUGGGCGCCAUGGUGUGGCUGAGCUCCGUCUUCUUCUUCGCGCCCGUCUUCUGUCUCACGGUUCUCUACAGCCUGAUUGGACGCCGCCUGUGGCGCCGCCACCGGGAGACGACCGCCGGCCCGCGGGUGACGCACAGGGACAGGAGCAACAGGCAGACCAUCAAGAUGUUGGUGGUGGUGGUGGCGGCGUUUGUCCUGUGCUGGCUACCUUUCCACAUGUGUCGCUACCUGCAGUUCCGCUCUUUGGACGCACCGUCUCCUCUGCUGUCCGCCUUGUCCGAGCACUGCAGCUUGGUGUCGGUGGUCCUCUUCUACCUGAGCGCCGCCAUCAACCCCAUCCUCUACAACACCAUGUCCUGGAAGUACCGGGGAGCGGCUGCUCGCCUCUUCGGCCUCGUCGACCACCAGCGGCCGCGGGCGCGUACAACCAGCACCUUGAAGGCUGACGGAUGGACAGAAUCUACCAUCAGCUUCUAAACUUCAAAAAAAAAAACAAUUUCAAUGAACUUUUAUUGUACAUGAUUUAUUUCCUGGAUGACAACAAAGGACAGUAGAUUGUGUGUCUAUGGUCUACACCAGGGGGGUCCAAACUUUUUACACUGUCAAAAAAAAUCAAAGCAUGUCGGAGCCAUUUUAACAUUUUUCAUUUUCAAACCCAAUACAAUAUUUUAGAUGUAUUUGGUCCUGGGGACCCGGAAACACAGAGAAUAAACCACACAGGUCAAUCCCAAGGUCUUUCGGAUGACCUAUAUGUUGAGCAAGAAUUAGGGACCACCAAGACGGAAUAGCAAUAUUACCAAGUUUUACUAAAGCUUUAGGAGACCUGCCCUUACAAUGCGGUAAUAGCAGCAUCAAAAAGCCAUCUAAAAAUCAAAUGGAAAGAGUCAGCUUGUUUAGCAGGAAAACUGCCGCUCCUGCCCAGAAAGAAAUACAUACAGCCUGGUUGUUCUCAAGGAAUGGUCUCAGUCAUAAAAAAUGGUUGAAUAAGUCAUACGUUAUUUUUUUUUCAACGCCUAUACAAUUCUUGAUCCACUUCAAAUCUAUCAGUCAAUAUCUUUUCUCUUUUUUUCUGCCUUUUUUGUCAAAGAAA